AUGCCAUCCAAUGAUAAUUCCCGAGGAAUUAAUUCUACUCAACGAAAGCGCGUUCGAAUAGUCCCACAGGUAUCACAGGAAAAGGUGGUAAAUGGACAGAUGAAUGUCAAUAGAUCGGUUGAUGUUCACGGUCAAAAGAAGUCAACGAAGGCAUUAUCUGAAAUUACCAAUCACGGACGAAUUGCUGAAGAUAUCGAUAUUGAUACAAAUUCCAGCAUUAGUUCAUCUACACCUACGGGGUUUAAUAUAUCAUUGACUUCAUCAUUAACACAACAAAGUGCAUCACCAUUGUCUUUAUCGAAAGUAAACGAAAGAAAUGAUACUACUGCUGUGACAUCGUUGCACCCGAAAGAAAAACAUACUCUGGCGGCUAACACUAACCUUCAAUCAUCAAUUAUGUCAGAAAACAGUUCGCAGAAAAAUACAUCGAUCCUAAGCAAAAGAACAAGUCUAACACAACCGAACUCAUCUACUAAUGCAAACCGAACAAGUACAAGUUCAUUCCGAAAAAAUAUUUCUUCGUCACAAUGUCAAGAUUCUCAAGCAAAUGCGAGACAAAACAAUUUGUCGCAGUACUCUACAGGCAAAAACGUGUCUCGAGUAGAUGGUCUAUCGUCGUUGUCCUCUUCGAAUUCCUCUGACAGAUCAAGUUCCGUUAAUUCAACACGGUGUUCCACUCAGUCGUUGGUGGAGGGAUCUCUUGAGUAUAGGGAGCUUAAGAGAUUGUAUGUUGAUCAAAAAAACUUGGCGGAGGAGUGGCGAAAAGAUUAUGGAGUUCUCAAGCAACAAGUUGAUUUCCUGAAGUCCAACACCAUUCCUCGACCGAAUGCUGACGUCCUCGACUGGUUAACCGAACUGAUGGAUUUGAUGAAAAAUAAUGGAAGGUUUAAAGGCGACGGACGGACACUAGAAAAGAUUGGAGAAGAUCUGGGUUUGGAUAAAACAAGUCUCAUAACCGUAGCUGCCAGAACACCGCAGAAAUCUGCUUUGAAGAUCUUUCGACUUCUUUAUCCUACAAUUGGAAGCAGAGCAGAUUGUAUGUCAAUUUCAGCGAUUCCAAAGGAACAAUUAGAAAAUAUCUAUUUGUAUGUUCGUCAUUUACACAAUAACUUAAAUUUCAAUGGGGCUGAUAUGAGGAAGGCAAUUGGAACGUCAAUACGAAGUGCUCGGUGCGAAUUACGCAGACUUCAGUAUUUUCAACAGCAACAAGUGAAUGCCACAGAAAAUGAACAAUCAGAAGAAGAUUGUGAAAAUCUCGAUGAUUUGGAUGAAACGCAGAAUGAUACAGAUAGUAUUAUCGAUGAGAAUGAAGUACUCGCAUAUAUCAAUGAUCAUGGAGAAGACAACGAAGACGUCGACGAUGAAGAUGACGACGAUAACGCUAACCACCUUAUGAUUCACGAAGCAGACGACGAUGACGAUUGA